AGUCCCUAUUUCAGCUGCAUGUUCAACACAAAGGGGUAAAAUUCCUAAAAAUACACAACAUUAUUAAAAAUAAAUGAGUCAUAAAUGUGGAGGGCACUGUCUUUCCACUUGUCGGGUGAUAAAUUUCCAUUGCCUCUCAGAGCAUCGCUGCUUUAGUGUUAGAUGGUUGUGUCGCCGCUCUUUGUCCUAUUGUUGGAUCAGAGGUUCAAAUGUUAGCUCUAAGUAUAGAGAUGUGCACAGCUGUCGUGUCACGCUUUCCACGCUGCCUGUUGUUAAAGCACACAGUAGUAGUGUCUCGUGUCUCUUUAAAAGCGGGUUGCGUAGAUCCUUCAUGAAUGAAGCCACGUGAUCCAAACAUCAUUUGACGUCUGGCGCCUCCGACCAUAGACUAAAACAAGCGGGGAAGGAGUGGAUAUAUCUGGAGACCUGCGAGAGAAGGCGUGAGCGGAAAAACAUUUCUCCAACUGUCUGUCUUCUCCACACCGGGUCGACGAACCGUCGGCGGACGUCAACCUUUCGAAGCUGCGGGUGGGCGAAAGGCGCCGGUUUGACUUCUGGUUCAUUCAGAAGAGCAAGGCUCUUGUGGCAUGACGACGACUAACAAAGGAAAUAAAGCCUUGAAGGUGAAGCGUGAGCCGGGCGAGAAUGGCACCAGCCUCACAGACGAGGAGCUGGUGACCAUGUCGGUGCGGGAGCUGAACCAGCACCUCCGAGGGCUCACCAAAGAAGAGAUUCUGCAACUGAAACAGCGGCGGCGCACCCUGAAGAAUCGUGGCUACGCCGCCAGCUGCCGGGUGAAGCGUGUCACCCAGAAGGAGGAGUUGGAGAAGCAGAAGGCUCAGCUGCAGCAGGAGGUGGACAAACUGGCCAAUGAGAAUGCUUCGAUGCGCGUUGAGCUGGACGCUCUGAGGUCUAAGUACGAGGCGUUACAGACCUUCGCCAGGACUGUGGCACGAAGCCCCACUGUCGGGGUCGGGGUCAGGGCUGGAGGGGGAGGGGGAGGGGUGGCGUCAUCGGUCAUCGGUCCGCUCAUCCCAGGGAAGGUGGCGACGGCGACGAGCGUGAUUACAAUAGUGAAGUCAAAAACAGACGCACGGUCUUGAGGGAAGGGAAGGGAGAUGAAGGUGCAUCAGGAUGGAGCUUAGCUGCAUCUGAGUCAAUCUUCCCCUCUGCCGGACUCCUCCUCCAUCUGCACUGACAGACAAACAGCCGGGCGGCCUCGCUUGCAUCGUCACGGCACGCUCCUGUCACGUUAUCACUUCUGAUCAGUGCAGAUGAAGGAAAGGAUGGAAGCGGAGGAGAACUCUUGUACCAAUGCAGGACAAAUACACAGGGUUCCUAUGGGCACUGAAGACCCGGAAAUCCCAAAUAAUAUGAAAACUGUCUUAUUCCUGAUCAAGAAAAUAAUCUGACAUUUGUAAAUACUCAAAAUGAGAAAAUUCCAACAGUUUUUAUUUGGUUUUCGGUGCUCAGUGCUGGUGAAUCUCUUUUUAAGUACAUAAUAACCAUGUCACGAAUUUGCACACAGAUUUGAAGAGGUGCCUGAUCGAAAUAAAAUGUAUAAAAUUGAAAUUUGGUACAUCAUCAAACAAUCCUAAACACACAUGAGAAUCAGAGCAUUUAUUCUUGAUUAGUUCUAUGGAAAUCAUUGAAUUUAAUGUGACCUGCUGAUUUGAGUGGCUGCAGAGAGGCCCCAUCUUGUUCCACCUAGCCAAGAACUUUUUUCAGAAAAGUACUAUAGAAGAUAUAUAUAUUAUACAAUGGUGGUAACUGUAUUUCUACUGUUUUGUACUGUGUUGUCAUUCACAUGAGGUCCAAGGUGUAUUCUCUGUGUGUGAAUUGUUAUAUAUCAGGAAUUCUGUGAAAUUCUGUGGCGCGUGUUCGUUUUGGUAUUGCUAUAUUUGGGUAGCUGUAUUUUUACUUUGUUUUUCUUAUGGUCUUUUUACUUUCAAGUCACACUCUCGCGUUCUCUUACCUACUCUUUUCUCUGUCCUUCGAUUUUUCAACUCCAACUGGCUUCCAUUAUUACAUGCAGUACUUCCUGAAUUUUAUGAAAGGAGGAGGGGAAAAGGAGGCAAUUAAUAUUUACCAAAACAUAUUAUAGGAAAAGGAGAUGACGUUAUUUAAUUCGCUGACCUUAUUUUAGUGUGGGAAUUUUCAGGGAAAUGGUCAUAUGAAGAUAAAAGCCUCUUUGAGUUUUGCUUCAAAGUUGAUUAUUCAAGACAUUUGGAAGGGCAAGUGCCUUUUCCUCCUAGUGAUAUGCAUAGAGAAGAAGUCAAAAGGAUAACUGAUGAACAAAUAAUAUGAUAACUUGUGGAAGGAUGGUGGAGAUUCAGUGUAGAUGUGUUGUGUAUGCUUGUGCUUUAUAGCAUAAACUGACCAAUCAGGAGUCAGCUAGUGACAGCAUUGAACUCUUCCCGUACACUGUUAUUUAAGCUGUGUAAUAGCACGUAAGGACGAUGAUGAUUAUUAACAGUUAUGUACCUUGGCAAGUCAUUUGUUUAAAGUGGACCUAUUCUGCUUGUUUGCAUCUCUAUAUUUUUAUUCUUGGACUCUAGAGAAGCUUUGCAUAAGUCUCAGUGCAAAAUGAUCCCUAUUUAUUCAACACUAGUCUUUGAUGCAGCCCUUCAGGUCAUUUCUGUGUCUGACAUGAGCUGCUUUAGCUCUUCACCCUUUUAAGGCAACCUUCUGGUAAGCAGAAGGAUUGACAAUGAGUUGAGAACAUUCAAAACAUGGUUUCAUAGAGUGGCUUUGCAUGAUUCAGAGUUGAAAUAAUGCUUGUUUAUCUGAUACUGGUCCUUUUAUGCAGCCCUUCAGUUCAGUUAUAGCUCCAUUCCCUUUUCAUUUAGGCUGUAUUCUGAUUGGCUGCUAAUCCUAAAUAGAAGAUCUUUGUCUGUACUCACAGUCCAAACUAUGUCCCUGAAAUUACCAGGGGAAUCUGCUCUCACUGACAUCAUACUGGGCCAGAAGUAGAAAAACAGUCUAAAGCUGAGCCUUCUCGUCUGUGCGUUUCACUCACAGGUUGUUUUUUUUUCUAUUUGUUAUUUGUCCAUGAUAAUGUAUACAUAUGUAGAAAGAAAGGAAAAGCACAAU